AAAAGUGUUACGGAAAUUAGACACAUGCCAACAGACACUGUGUUUGUACGUAAUACAUAUUGUAGUUUAAUGUAAACUUCAACUAGUAUACCAUUUUUAUGAUUUAUGGAUAAACUGCAGCAACAUAUUUGGUGUUUUAUUCAAAUAAGCAAGCUUUUCUAAAGUAAAAUCUUAUAAAAUUACCAGAGUUUAAUCCGGGCGCAUUUCGAUAAUGAGAAUUUGGGGUGAAAAUGUACACAAUUCAGGAAAAAAUGUAUUUAAAAUAAGACACUUAGCCAAAAAGUACACAUCUUAGUCCUCAGAACGAUAGUUGAUUUUUGCAGAUGCAUCAUGGUUUUUGUAUCUCAAUGUGCUACAAACAUGGUUCAUAAGAAUCACCCAGCUAGGUGGCAGUCAGUCAAGUCUCUGUAAAUAUGGACUAUUAGGCUGACAAACCAACUGGCCAAGUAUAAUUCUGUAGUGUAAUUACAUGGCAUUCAUAUAUUCCAUCAAGGUCCAACUAACACAUGACCAUAGCUUUAUAGAAUGUCAUCUGACUCCCAAUGCAGGUGGGGUUACACCUGCCCUUGUGUUCUCUGAAAAGAUGGAUUCUAGUGGGAAACCCUCCACAGCCCAAGUCCUACUAUUAACCACCAGCUCAGCACUGACUGCAGUCUUCUACUCCGUGUACAGGAGGAGGACAACAACAGUAGCAAGAUUAAAGGGAGCCAAGAGAGUGUCUAUUGAUCAGGAUCUGAAGAACAUCCUGACAGCAGCACCAGGAAAAUGUGUUCCGUACGCUGUGAUCGAAGGUGUUGUGAGAUCUGUUAAAGAAACCCUGAACAGCCAGUUUGUGGACAACUGCAAAGGGGUCAUCGAGAGGUUAACUCUAAAGGAGAAGAAGAUGGUGUGGAAUCGCACCACUCAUCUCUGGAACGAGAGUGAAAAGGUCAUCCACCAGCGCACCAACACGGUGCCCUUUGACCUGGCAUCCCACGACAUGGCCAUGGCCGCCACCAUCCGGGUCAUCCGUCCCCUGGACUCCUCGGAGCUAGACCUGGAGACCACUUACGAGAACUUUCACCCCACGGUCCAGUCCCUGACCAAUGUCAUUGGCCAUUUCAUCAGCGGGGAGCGCCCUAAAGGUAUCCACGAGACGGAGGAGAUGCUGCGUCUGGGGGAGAGUGUGACCGGGGUCGGGGAGCUGGUGCUGGACAACAACCUGGUGAAGCUCCAGCCUCCCAAGCAGGGCCUGAGGUACUUCCUCAGCCGACUGGACUAUGACUCCCUGGUGGAGAAGCAGCAGAGCAGCGUCAGAGUCUGGAGGGUCCUGACCGCGGUGUUUGGUGUGGUAGCUUCUACGACGCUCCUCUUCAUCCUGUGGAAGCAGUGGGUUCACCACAGACAGAGGAGAAAGGAGAAGAACGUCCUGGAGGAGUUCAAGGAGCAUCAGAGGAAGAGGAUGAGGGAGCUGCAUGUAGAGGAGACCAGUGUUUCCCCUAGUGCCUGUACGGUGUGUCUGAGCCGGGAGCGUUCCUGUGUGUUCCUGGAGUGUGGGCAUGUCUGUGCCUGUGACCAGUGCUACCAGGCUCUUCCAGAGCCAAAGAAGUGCCCUAUCUGCAGGGCACCGAUAGAGAGGGUAGUACCGCUUUAUAACAGCUAAUGGACAAUGCCAUGGCGAUUGUAACUGGACUAAUCUAAUGCUACUGAAAAAAGGAUUGUGUAUUUGUUUGUCUUUUUUUGUGUGACAGGAAAAUGACUGUAUAAUUUAAAGUGGUACUUGUAGCUUUAACAUUUCAUUGAAAGAUCAACCUUACUUGUAAUGCUGUGUUGUAAUUAUGCAUAUGUUGAUUUGAGUUCUAUCAGUUGAGGAAAAUAUGUCCUUUUUCCAUAGAGUUGUAGAAUCAACUCAGAAGUUGAAUGUCUUCACCUCAAUGUUUCUCCAAAGCACAUCAAAGCCAUUUUGAAUAAAGAAAGAAAAACACAAAA